AUGGAUAACGAGGUGAUUGAAUUUGAUAUUGGGUUGGGAGGAGGGGGAGGUCGAGACGGCGAUGAUGAUUUUGUAGACAUUGAGCACCCUGUCGAUGAUGAGGAAAUGGUUGAUAGUCCUCUUAUGAGCAGUGCCACUGGAAGUGCCAGUGGUAUUGUUGUUUUUGGUGGUGGAGGGAGUGGUGAAAUUUACCUUCCUGAGGGGGACCUCUUGGACCUUGAGCCUUAUGACGGCAUGGAAUUUGAGUCCGAAGAGGCUGCCAAGGCCUUUUACAAUUCGUAUGCUCGGCGUGUUGGGUUCAGUACUCGUGUCAGCUCCUCGCGUCGUUCCAGGCGUGAUGGAGCAAUCAUACAGAGGCAAUUUGUUUGUGCUAAAGAGGGUUUCCGGAAUUUGAAUGAGAAGCGCACCAAGGAUAGGGAGAUCAAGCGCCCACGUACUAUCACCAGAGUAGGAUGCAAAGCAUCCUUGUCUGUAAAGAUGCAAGAUUCAGGGAAGUGGGUUGUGUCUGGUUUUGUUAAAGAGCAUAAUCAUGAGUUGGUUCCACCUGAUCAGGUGCAUUGUCUUCGUUCGCACAGGCAAAUAUCAGGUCCUGCUAAGACCUUGAUUGAUACCCUGCAGGCAGCUGGCAUGGGUCCCCGGAGGAUUAUGUCAGCACUGAUUAAGGAAUAUGGUGGAAUAAGCAAAGUCGGAUUUACAGAGGUGGACUGUAGGAAUUACAUGAGGAAUAAUCGCCAGAGAAGCUUAGAUGGGGACAUUCAGAUGCUUUUGGAUUACUUGAGACAAAUGCAAGCUGAUAACCAAAAUUUUUCUAUGCUGUGCAAGGGGAUGAGGAUCAGUCCACGGGCAAUGUCAUCUGGGCUGAUCCAAAGGCAAGGAUGA